AUCAAGAGGAGGAGGAAGAGGAGGAGAUGGAGACGCGCAGCUCCUCCCCGGGCUUUCGGAUCGGAUGGAUUUACUCACUGAAUGUCUUCGGUGAAUCAUAAUCCUCCAAACACAACGUGAAAACACGUUAUAUCGACAUAAAUCAUAUAAACCGUCGCUGGUGAUCGUGUCAGGCAGACUGAAUUUGAAACACCGCGCACUGACGGAACUUAGUUUGUAGUUUAAUUCCAAUAAUAUCCUAUACCUUGAUAAGUUGAGAGUGCUGAAUGUCUGUUUAACAUCUAAAGAAAGAAAAAGACAAACUACAACACAAGUUUAAGAGGAGAAACCUGGAGAAAAAUAACUCAAGUACCUGCGCUGAUCACCUUGCCGACGAGAAGGUCUGCGGUGUGUGAGUGGGAUGUCUGCAGAUCAGCUGUGGCCUGACUAUGGUGAAACACCAACCGUUACAGGUGUAUGAGAGACAACUGUGUUUGUCCUGUUUGACCGGGAUCUACGGCUGCCGCUGGAAACGGUACCAACGCUCCCAUGACGACAGCUCCAAGUGGGAAUGUUCAUGGUUCUUCCUCCUCUGCUGUUCGUUUCUCCUUCUCCUCGUCUGGUCCUACUUCUGGUUGGAGGCUCGUAAUGACUACAACGAGUUCAACUGUGUUGGAAAGCCUCAUAUUCUUGCACUUUGUCACAUUGCACUGGGACAGCAGCUUAAUUUGUACUGGAUCCAUAAGAUUGUAGUUCUGGCCAUUCUGCUCUCCACCAUAACAGGAGUGGUGUCCAUUGAUGAUUUCUGGCAGGACGAAUGGGACAUUGUCAUCAUUUCUCUGCAGUUCACAGGGCCGUUCCUACACAUCGGAGCUUUAGCUGCAGUCACAGCAUUAGGGUGGGUCAUCGCCAAUCAGGUGGUGCGCAUGGAAAGAUCAAGGCUUCAAGUUGUGACGCUGGUGAUUUAUGUGAGCAUCCUCCUGGUUCUGUAUCUGGUUCCCCUCUUCAUCUCUUCUACCUGCAUCAUGGACCGGUCCAAGCUCGGUGCUCGUCCUGCUGUCAUUGGCCGUCGUGGAGCUCCAAUGCUCGCUCCAGAACACACCAUUAUGUCCUUCAGUAAAGCACUGCAACAGAAGGUCACUGCCCUGGAAGCAGAUGUUACCAUCAGUCUGGAUGGCGUGCCCUUUUUGAUGAGGGACCGCACACUACGCAGGACCACCAAUGUGGACAAACUGUUUCCAGCCCGUCAGGACCACGACGCCUCGUUCUUUAACUGGACAGAGAUUCGCAGUCUCAAUGCUGGACUUUGGUUCCUCAGGGAUGACCCGUACUGGACGGUGCAGUACAUGUCUGAAAAGGAUCGCAACCGCACGGCCAAUCAGACGGUGUGUAGCCUCGCGGAGCUGCUGCGUCUGGCUGCUAGAACAAACCGCUCCGUGAUCUUCAGCCUGCGGCGACCUCCACCUCAACACCCCCGACACCAGCUCUGGGUCAGUGAUGCACUGAAGGUCAUUCAGAGAUCCAGCAUCCUACCAGAACAGGUGAUGUGGACUCCUGACUGGUACAGGAAGAAGGUGCGUGCAGCGGUUCCUCUCCUUCAGCAGACGUCAGAUGAGAAACUUCCUGUGGCUGAGCUGAAAGAAAGAGGGAUCAGUACUCUGACCCUGCACUACAGCCAGGCCAGGGCUCAGGAUAUCAGGCAGUUUUCUGGCAGUAAUGUGAGUGUGAACGUGUAUCCGGUGAACGAGCCGUGGCUGUAUUCGCUCAUGUGGUGCAGCGGGGUUCAGUCCGUCUCUUCUGAUGCCCCACACAUCCUGAAGAAAGUGCCUAAUCCUAUCUGGAUCAUGAGUGCAGAUGAAUAUGGCCUGAUAUGGAUCACUUCAGAUUUAAUCUCUGUGGCGACUGUCAUUGGCAUCUUCAUAUUUCAGAACUAUCACCUGAUCAGGUGGAAGAUGAGUGGCAUGCGCAGCUACAACCCGGAGCAGAUCAUGCUAAGUGCUGUAGUACGUCAGCCGAGUCGUGACGUCAGCCUCAUGAAGGAGAAACUGAUCUUCUCAGAGAUCAGCAACGGUGUCGGGAGCACAGAUGAGCUGUCCGUGUACACAGGAAACGGUCUGGACGCUUAUGCACGCGAUGACAUCAUGAUGCCCGCACGUCAUGCAAGCAAACUUUAGUGACGACUUGAAUCCAUUUUAUGGUUCGAACAUCUCGAGCUCAAAAUCAUUCAUUUAGCCUGAGUUGCUUUUUCAUCUCCAGUGGAUUAUUUUGAAUGGUUUUUGUUGGUUCACGGACACUCUGGGACUGUAUGCCACUGAUUCAGUGUUCUGCUUUGAUGCCUUACGUACUUAUGUAUUUUUUCUGCAUCGAACCGUAUUUAAAAUGGAGCUGGCUUAUUGUACACUGUAAAGUUUAGAGUCCAAUCUGAUGAAAGCAGGUAAUAAAGGUGUCCUAUUAUUAAUGUUUGUGAAGAACAGACUGAAGAUGAAUGGAUUUAAUGUUAAAAGCAUGCAGAAAUCAAAGGUUCAGAGAUGGUUUUUUUAACCUCAAGCUAGCCCUUGUAAAGCUUGGCUGUAGGCUGAUAUGAUUAUUUAUUUUAUUUUUGUAACGUGAUUUGCUUGCUGGUGAUUCGUAUCUCAUUGCACUAGAUUAAGAUCAGUUUUCAUUUACAUUGCUGUAUCGAUGUCUUUUUAAGUGAUUUAUUUUUUAAUGAAAUCUCUGAAUUGCGUCAAGAGUGUUUUUCACGAGGUGUUCAAAUGGGUUUUGAAGGGAAUUAUUACUGGAAAUGAAGCAGUAUAUCAAGUGAAGUCAGGAAAAUUGAGCCACUUUUGUGCACAAACUGGCUCAGUUCAUCCUGUGCUGCAGUAGACAGGCCUAUUUUUUUAGUCUCUCAGAAUGAUACUUAUGGUAAUUCAAAACAUCACAGGUUUUUAUUGUAUGGGUAACACAUUGGCUAUAUUUAUUCACAAGCAGAACAAAUUGAUAUAAAUGGCUCAUGGGGUCAGUGAGAUUUUAAUACUUUUAUUCAGCAAGGAUGCUUUAAAUUGAUCAAACUUG